GUUCUCAAAGCUUUCAAGUAAAUCGAAAAACAAGGUUAGCUAUGAAACUCUAUCUGCUAACAGUUUUUGCCGUGUUGGUCCUUUUGGUCCUUCCAUCAGCYGCAAAUGCGGAAGGACAGAAUGCCACUGAGGAACCACCACCGUCAAAUCCUACAAGUCCUCCACGUCCUGGACCAGGACCAUUCAGACCUGGAUCUGGACCUUUCAGACCUGGACCCUUCCAACCAUUUUUCCCCAUAAGACGUUUCCCUUUUCCUCCAUUCAACAUAACUGGAAAUUUCAGUGGUCGUCCCUUCUUUCCAUUCUCUGUUUACUCUGAUGACGAUGUUAGCUCAAGUGUGCAGGAUGGAGAUGUCAAGGCGCAACUUGUACGAGAGCCACGCGUCGCUUCCUUUGAUUCUUUAGUCAACUGGUAACCAAAUUCUACUUUAUUUAAUAGUUUACUGUAAUUGGUUUAUUUAUUUUUUUAUAAAAACAGUAUUAAACAUUAAAUAUUAUUGUAAAUC